AUGCAAAUAGUUCAAAGCAAGAACCUUAAAUUAGACUUUUUAUCAUUUUUUUUUCACACAUCAACUUGUGAUAACAAGGUUCAGAAUAUAGAGGAAGGAACAACUUGUAAUAACAAGGUUUGGAAUAUAGUGGAAGGAACAACUUGUGAUAACAAGGUUUGGUAUAUAGAGGAAGGAACAACUUGUGAUAACAAGGUUCAGAAUAUAGAGGAAGGAACAACUUGUAAUAACAAGGUUUGGAAUAUAGAGGAAGGAACAACUUGUAAUAACAAGGUUCAGAAUAUAGAGGAAGGAACAACUUGUAAUAACAAGGUUCAGAAUAUAGAGGAAGGAACAACUUGUAAUAACAAGGUUCGGGAUACAGAGGAAGAAACAACUUGUGAUAACAAGGUUCAGAAUAUAGAGAAAGGAACAACUUGUAAUAACAAGGUUCGGGAUAUAGAGGAAGAAACAACUUGUAAUAACAAGGUUCAGGAUAUAGAGGAAGGAACAACUUGUAAUAACAAGGUUCGGGAUAUAGAGGAAGGAACAACUUGUAAUAACAAGGUUUGGGAUAUAGAGGAAGGAACAACUUGUAAUAACAAGGUUCAGGAUAUAGAGGAAGGAACAACUUGUAAUAACAAGGUUCAGGAUAUAGAGGAAGGAACAACUUGUAAUAACAAGGUUCAGGAUAUAGAGGAAGGAACAACUUGUAAUAACAAGGUUCGUGAUACAGAGGAAGGAACAACUUGUAAUAACAAGGUUCGGGAUAUAGAGGAAGGAAAUUGUGCAUACUUUUUUACAAAAUAUGUAAUUGUGUAAUCACAAAAAUAAAAAUACAUUUCUGUUUUUUAA